AUGUCAUCUGUGAUAGCACGAACAGGGCGGCAUCGGCAACGCUAUGAGAGCAAUUUUCGCCUUGUUUCUGGGAGCCUGGAGGAGGAAAAGCAUCUCCAGGUGGCAAGUUCUAUGAUAUGUAUUCCUUACCGGAUAACAGAAGACGAUGAAGAUCAUCACAACGGCGAUAUUGAAAACAGGAUACAAGUUCUUAUGGUUUCAUCACCAGACCGUGAUGACAGAGUGUUCCCAAAAGGUGGAUGGGAGGAUGAUGAGACUGUCUUAGAAGCUGCUUGCCGUGAAGCCUUUGAGGAAGCAGGGGUGAAGGGAACACUAAGAGAAACUCCUCUGGGAGUCUGGGAGUUCAGAAGCAAAAGUAGCCAGAAAAUAGAAAGCCUGGAAGGAGGCUGCCGAGGGUACAUGUUUGCAUUAGAGGUCACUGAAGAGCUUGAGAGCUGGCCAGAGCAGCAAAACCGUGAUAGAAAAUGGCUAAACAUAAAGGAGGCAUUUAGACUGUGCCGGUACGAAUGGAUGUGUAGAGCAUUGGAGGAGUUUGUGAGAGUUAUGGAAGUUUCUGAUGAUGAUGAGGGUGGAAAAAUUGAGAUAGGAGGAGAAGAGAAAGGGGAGGCGUCUGCCAAUGUCAAUGCCAUGCCUAGUGUUCCUGCUGUGACAGAUCAUCAUGUGGUGGCUGAAUGUCAAAUAGUGUCCUCAAACUGUUGCAUAGAGAUAAAGCCUUCUUCUACUAGUCAACAACUGGUCAUAUCAGUUCAUUGUCAUGGCACCUGGCUUUCAAGGGGUUUGCCAUUGAGUCAUUGA